GCGCCCGACAUACCGGGUGCGGGCUGCGGAAGCGAUCUUGGCACAGUUCUUACCUGUAUAUAUAACAUAACUGCAGGGUUUUGAGAAGCUACAGUGCAAUAAUCAUGGAGGUGAACGAUUCUGUGGUCACCACAGUUCGGCUGAUGGCCGACUACAUGCCCGAUAACCCUCUGAGCGGCCCGUUCGAGGCGGGUUGGCGGUACAUGACGGCCCACUACACCGAGUUCCAGAUCGCUACCUGGGGGUCACUCAUCGUGCAUGAGUUGCUGUAUUUCCUGAUCUGCCUACCAGGCUUCAUCUUCCAGUUUCUGCCUUUCAUGCAGAAAUACAAAAUCCAAAACGAUAAGCCUGAGACGUGGGCCGGACAGAUCCAGUGCCUGAAGGUCAUCAUGUUUAACCACUUCUUCAUCCAACUGCCGCUGAUGUGCGGGACCUACCACUUCACGCAGUGGUUCGGCAUUCCCUACGACUACGACUCCAUGCCGCCAUGGUACGUGUUGUGCAUGCAGGUGUUCUGUUGUGCGGUGGUGGAGGACCUGUGGCACUACGUUCUGCACCGCAUCAUGCACCACCGCAGGUACUACAAGUACGUCCACAAGGUGCACCACCACUUCCAGGUGCCGUUCGGAGCGACGGCUGAAUACGCACAUCCGGUAGAGACAGUCGUUUUGGGUACCGGGUUCUUCCUGGGUAUCCUGAUGUUCUGUACGCACAUGGUGCAGAUGUGGGCGUGGGUGGCCGUGCGACUUAUCGAGACCAUCGAUGUCCACAGCGGCUACGACCUGCCCUACCACCCGCUACACCUCAUUCCCUUCUACGGAGGCGCCCGGUUCCACGACUUCCACCACAUGAACUUCACCGGGAACUACUCCUCCACGUUCACCUGGUGGGACAAACUGUUCGGCACCGACCAGCAGUACAAGGACUACCAGAAAAAGGUGGCCGCCAAGGAGGGGGGCAAGAAACAAGAGUAACCUGUAGUACCACAGUUUGGCGCGCUGUGGUGUCUCGGAAGAACGAUUUCCAUGUAAAAAAAAUUUACUACAAUACAAUGUAUGUUGUCAAAUUAAAUGCGCAAGUGUACGCAAACCGACUUCGAAUUAGUGAACCCUUUGCGUGUGACUUACCAAGAUGAUGUAUAUAUAAACACAUCUAGUAGAACUACUAGAGGAUACAACGCAAAGGGACACAGAAACAAGAACAGCAAAGUUCCACCCCUGAGAUGUUUGGAGGAUAGGUCUGACAGAACCAGACUAAUACCAAAACAGAAAAUGGAGUUUGCUAUUCACCACAAGGCGGUCGUCUUUCCCAAGAAUAGUACCCAUGCAAAAAUGUAAUAUAAAUAAAUAAAUAAAUGAAAUAUGCAAAAACUGCCAUAGAUCUGGUAGACCCCCUUACCUCUGAUUUUUCACAUUGAUGUAGUAAGAGCCAUUAUAGUUUAUACAUUGUCAUCAUCAUAUUAUUAUCAAUUCGAAGUUGUUCAAUAGUACUUGCAGUGGGUGUCAUGCAACGUUCUUGUACCUGUGUACUCUCCAACGUCCUGUAUACAAUUGUAUAAAA